UUCAGUCCUUUGUGUUACUGUGAUAUGUACAAAAAGGUUUAUUGCGCAAUUGACAUGCAUCAAGUCUUGAUAAACAUUUGUGAUUGUGCAGAAAAAGGCGCGCUUUCGCCUUGACAUUUGGUGCAGAAUUGGUGCCGCCGUGAUUAGAGUUAUAUUAAUAAAUGUUUCCACAUUGCAGAAGCACAUUCAAAUGUAACAAAAUCAUCUUGUUUGGGCUCAUGGAUUAUUCAUACUCGCGUUUUUGAAUUGUAAAGUUUAUGCGGCUGAGUUUAGACGUGGUAAACUUGUGUCUUAAUAAACGUCAACCCAUAUGGGGCCUCUGCGUGGUAUAUAACCCAGACAUAGUGCAUUAUUUAUGUAAAUUCGCUAUAUGGAAGUUUAUUUUUGUCAGCCAAUGCCAGGAUCUGUUACAAAUACAGUUCGUUUGUUUGUGUACAUGUGAAUGAUUUCUUUCAUGACUUAAAACAGCUCAAAACAAACUGUUUUGUCUUAAACAAAAAUUGCUGCAUUAUUUGGAGAUACUCUGGGCACUGAGAGCAUCAUCUAUAUCUGAGCAAGACUCGGUGACAGAAGGAGAGGUUACCAUGACAACAGAAGAAGACCGACGGCUGGAGGAGAAACUAAGACAGUUCGAGAUGAAGGAUGAAAGUGCGGACACGGAGAUGCACCUUGUUCCAUUCGACGCAACCGAUAGCCGGAAGCGAAACUUGGUGUUAGACGAGGAGCGAUUCGAGGAUACUUUCCUCAAAUGCCUUAUCUGCCGGGAGAAUUACGAUGACGACGAGAAGGUUCCCAAGAUGCUGCCCUGCCACCACACAUUCUGCCUCGACUGCCUCCAGCAGAUGUUCCGAGUGGAAGGCGAGUUUCGCCAGACGCUUACUUCCGCCUUCCGCAGCAUGCCCGUUGCCGUGAAGAUUAGCUGUCCCUCCUGUCGUGAGAGCCUCAUCGCCUCCGCCACUGAAAUACUGAAGCUACCCAAUGACCACACUGUUUUAGAGCUGGUCGCAUUCAUUAAGCAAAUCGGGAAGGGGAAGAUAUCCUACUGUUCCAAGCACCAACUUCAGCCCCUGAACUUCUUCUGUGAGCCGUGUAUGGAGCCGGUCUGCUGUGACUGUACUGUUAUAGACCACAAGGAGGCCAGUGGCCAUACUGUCAUAAAUGUGGAUGAAGCUAUGACGAAAUACUCACCCGCAAUAGACAAAACUCUGUUUGAAAUUGACAGUGAAAAGAAAUCUCUAGAGGAAAAGCGCCAUGCUCUAGAGAAAGCGUUUGAUAAUGUGGAACAAAUCCAAAGGGAGCUUGCCGUUCAAAUCCGACAAACAUUCGACCGUAUUCGUGAUUCGGUUGACGAACGUGAAAGAGAACUUUUCGAGCUAUCUGAACGUGAAAUAGACAAAAAAAGAACUAUGCUUCGGGACUGUAUGAAAAUGGUUACCUCCCGGGAAACCGAACUUAAGCAACAGACGGCUAAACUGUCGCAGACGAAAGAUCACAAGGACUUGGUAAACAUGUUCGACUUCAACAAGGCAGCACGGGAUGUGCUGGGAACCAAACCGGAAAUCCCGGUGUCGCAAUCUUCCGAAGACUUUGCCGUCAGUUUUCAGUUCAAUAGUCGGCAGGAAAAUGGCAUUAGAUCAAACAUUUCAAAUUUCGGGGAUGUCACCUUCAAAUUCGAUUAACUUCUUUAUUGCUUCAAUAUGUACUCAUUUAUUAUAUUUAUUGGUAUAUUAUUCAUUUCUGUUCACCGCGCUUUCUUUACUGAAUUAAUAGUUAUAUGCUUAACAUGUCAAUAGUUCCCCAGUUCGAACAGUGGUUAAUUGCUUACUACAUUACAGGUGAUUGACAUUGACACCGAAUUGAUAAUCAAUUAGUCUGCAGUGUUUAUUUCCUAAUUGAAAUGAUCAGUUAUCACUGCCUUGAUUGUUUCCUGUCAAUGUAAAGGCGUUUGUGUAAAUACUCUUCAUAGAAAAAUGAAAAUGAUAAAAUAUCAAAAGUUAACGCAAUCAAUGUAAAAAUGUUUCUCCAUUUAUUUUCGGUUACUGUGUAACAUUGGGCCGAUUGGUAAGAACUUUGUAAAUGUUAACAAAGGGGUGAACGAUAUCGUUGUUAACUUGUAAACGUGAAAUAUUUGACGACGUGCUUAUAAAUGUAAAUAUAACAAGUACAGCUGAAACAAAAUGUGUUAGAACUACUGCAGAUCAGAAGUGUAUCCAUUAGACUUCCAGACACUUUGACAUUUAACAACGAUGACGUUAACAAGGUUGUUAACUUUUACAAGGUUCUGAACAAACGGCCUUUUAUCUAUUUAUCUAAUGCUAAUGGGUUUUUUACUCUUUAAUGUUUAUUUUUGUUUCACCAUUGUUUUGUUGUAAAAGGCGAAUCCUUAGAAUACACAAUAGUUUAUGUUUGUAGUUUGUAUAUAUGUCAGAAUAAAACGUAUAUGGCUGGUGUCUA